AUUGGGAUUGGUGGUUCGGACCUUAUUGACAAUAAAACAGGACAACUGAGUUACUUUGUGUAAUUGCCGUGCUGUGAAUGGGAAAGUCCCUUUUAUGAGUGUUCUGCUCGGUUUAACUAGCUACGUGAAGCGGCUUCAACAACAUAUCAGUAAACCAAAAAUAUCGCUUACUGAAUGUAAAUGACAAACACACUUUCUGAAAGGUCUAGCCAAAUGCACCCAUCUUUUGAUCAAAACCGAUCAUUCAACGCCCUUCGCAACUAGUGUACGGUAGUCCAUACAGUUGUGAACAGAAGCAAUUAAAUCACUACUGCUGGCAAACAUGGUAAGACUAACACUGUUGGCAUUGACUAAAUAACGUUUAACUUUAUUGGUCAGCCGGAUAUCUCCCUUUUACACAAUCUUAUCUUCAAUCCUCACCCCAUUCAUAUCGCUUCCAAUGUUUGUGACAAGACCUGACAGAGCACGUAAAUCCAGAAGGCACGUUAGUUAGCCAAAAUGAUUUUUACAGUUAUUUGUAUUUAUUUGACAUAUAUAUGAUUUUUUUUACUCUGUACAUUUCAUAACAUCCUAAUAUCUAAUAUUGUCACAUAUACAUGUCGACGUAAGUACCUACGAAGUCCUACGUUAUAACUGACUGACAUAUAGAUCAUUUCGUAGCGAAUCUUUAUUUUUGUCAUUCACAAAUAGUCCUACUGAAUACUUCACAAUUACACUUACUGUACUCCGGAUUUUCGUCGGUGUUCUGGUCUAAGGCUGUAAAUUGGACGCUUGAAAUUCCAUGGAUUCACAGCCAAAUGUCAUCUUUUAUUGGACUGUCAGACGCGUUCAGUAUCAUCACAUAAAUAUUUUAAAGUCAUCGUAGCCCUCUCCACGGAUAUGGAAUAAGGACUUGUUUUUAAUAAGUUACUAAUGAGUGUUAAGAAUCAAAUUUUUUGAUAUAAAAUACAUGUAAUUUUAUUUUUCAGGGUCCUGUAAUGGUCACAGAAUGCUUGAAACCGUAUGCAUCGCAUAUUCGGGUACACUUUGUUUCAAACAUAGAUGGAACACAUAUUGCAGAAACAUUAAAGAAAGUGAAUUCAGAGACAGUUUUGUUUAUCAUCGCCUCCAAAACCUUCACUACCAUUGAAACGAUGACCAAUGCUAACUCUGCCAAACAAUGGUUCUUAGAACAUGCGAAAGAUGUCGCUCAUGUGUCCAAGCACUUUGUUGCUUUGUCAACUAAUACGACAGAAGUCUGUAAAUUCGGCAUAGCACCGGAAAACAUGUUUGAGUUUUGGGAUUGGGUUGGAGGUCGUUACUCAUUAUGGUCGGCUAUAGGUUUAUCUAUAGCUCUCUACGUAGGUAUGGAGAAUUUCAUCAAGCUGUUAGAAGGAGCUCAUGAAAUGGACAAACAUUUCAAAGAAACGCCAUUGCACAAAAAUAUUCCUGUCAUCUUAGCUGUGUUAGGUGUAAUGUAUAUCGAUAUUUAUGGUGCAGAAACUCAAGCUGUUUUACCAUAUGAUCAAUAUAUGUCACGUUUUGCUGCAUACUUUCAACAAGGUGAUAUGGAAUCCAAUGGGAAGUUUGUUAGACGUGAUGGCAAAGAAGUUGAUUAUUCUACUGGUCCCAUAGUUUGGGGUGAACCGGGAACGAAUGGGCAGCACGCAUUCUACCAACUUAUCCAUCAAGGCACUCGCUUAAUUCCAUGUGAUUUCUUAAUACCAGUUCAUACACAUAAUCCAGUUCAAGGUGGAUUACAUCAUGAGAUUCUCCUAUCUAAUUUUUUGGCUCAAACUGAAGCUUUAAUGACUGGUAAAACAAAAGAAGAAGUACAUAAGGAAUUAGUUGCUUCUGGAGUUACUGGUGAAAAGUUAAACUCACUUGCAUUGCAUAAAAGUUUCAAGGGUAAUCGUCCAUCGAAUUCCAUUGUAUUCACUAAAUUAACACCAUAUGUUUUGGGUGCUUUAAUUGCUAUGUAUGAACAUAAGAUAUUUGUUCAAGGAAUUAUAUGGAAUAUUAAUUCUUUUGAUCAAUGGGGUGUGGAGUUGGGCAAAGUGUUAGCCAAGAAAAUUCAACCAGAAUUAACUAGCAGUGAACCAAUUACUAGUCAUGACUCUUCAACCAAUGGAUUAAUUGCAUUUAUUAAAAGUCAUCGAAAAUAAAUCAUGUUUUUCAAAUGAAAAACAAAACAAAAGAAAACGAAUAAUUCGACAAUUUUAAUGAAUUCAAUUUCCAAUCACCAAUGACAAUUUCGGGAAUAUGCAAAAAACCUUAUUAUUAAUUUUUGAUUUAUUUGUUUAUUCUACUUAUUGAAACCUUAGUAGUGAGUGAGAUAAUGAAUAUUAAAUUAGGAAGUUUUUUAUUUUGAUCUGAUCAGUAGUAACAAAAAUAUUCAUUGUUUUUAAUUAUUCUGGUCAAUAAUCAAUGUCAUUUCUUUUUAUUUACUUUUUGAUUAGCUAACAAAUUAGAUAUUUUUUUUAUUAUAAACUGAUCUCAUAAUCAGUAGAAUAAUGAUAUUAGUGUUCCAAUCGUAAUAAUUAUUUAGGUUUUCUUUUCUAAGUAGCAUAAUCUCUUGUAGUGCUGAAAUUUCAGAAGUUCUCUUUUUUUCGACUUUCUGUAUUUUAUAGUUCAUUAAUUAAAACUACUUGAAAGUGCACUGGAUAAUUGCUACUCUCGUUUAAUAUUUGUAUACCCUUCUCCUCCCUUAUUUGAUUUGAACUUUUAAUGAUGAAAUAUAAGAAAAAGAAACUUUGAUUAUAA